AUGGGCCAACUAAUUUCAAAUGGCGAUCCUCGAGUCUAUGAUGGAAUCAACAACAAACCCGCAAUCACAGAAAAUGCUCUCCAAGAAACCGCCGAGAUACGACAAAGCCACCAAUCCUUGACCAUUGACUUUGAAGGAAACGACCCCGGAAACCCAUUGAACUGGCCCGGAUCAAAGAAAUGGAGCAUAACACUUGUUGUCUCUCUUUCCGUGUUUUUAAUGCCACUGUCUUCGUCAAUUGUCGCGCCCGAGUUGAGCACCAUCAAAGACGAACUGUACAUGGGCAGCUCACUAGAAGCAGUCCUAGUCCUCUCAACCUUCGUCCUGACCUACUGUCUUGGCCCUUUGAUACUCGGCCCAUUGAGCGAGAUAUUUGGAAGAGCCGCAGUCUUGCACUCGGGGAAUUCUUUCUACCUGAUCUUUAACCUGGUAUGUGGGUUCGCUCGAAAUAAAGGUGAGUUACUCGCUUCUCGUCUACUCAGUGGCAUUGGAGGCGCCGGUGGACUGGUUGUGGGUGCGGGCAUCAUUAGCGACUGUUUUCCCAAAGAAGAGCGCGGCUGGGUUAUUGCCAUCUACAAUCUUGGGCCUGUCUUUGGACCUUCUCUGGGCGCUGUCGUUGGAGGGUUUAUCACCCAAUACACGACAUGGCGCUGGGCAUUCUGGGCAACGUCUAUCUUUGACGGGGCCUUGAUCGUGCUUGGUUUACUUGUUAUGGAGGAGACAUAUCCACCCGUCAUCCUUGCGAGGAGAAAAGCGAAGAUGUUGAAAACGGCUUCGACAAACUCUCCCCUACUGAAGACACCUUACGAGAAACCCGACCAGACUGUCGGCCAGUUAUACCGCAACUCUCUUCUCCGACCGCUGCAGCUCUUAAGAGUGCAGCCCAUCGUUCAAAUCCUAGCCAUCUUUUACGCCUAUCUAUAUGGGCUGAUGUACCUUGUACUCUCAACAUUCACAACUUUGUGGGAAGAGAAAUACCACCAGCCCGCCGGCCCAGCUAGUCUAAACUACCUCGCACUGGGAAUCGGAUAUUUCCUCGGCUCGCAGGUAUGCGGGUUCCUCGCGGAUCCAAUUUACCGAGCCCUGAAGAAGAAGCAUGACGACAAUGGCAAACCAGAAUUCAGAGUAGUUCUCAUGUUCCCCGCUUCGAUCCUUGCCCCAGUCGGUCUGCUGUGGUACGGAUGGGGAGCGCAGGCCGUCACACAUUGGAUUGUGCCUGAUCUUGGCAUCGGGCUGUUCGCCGGCGCUGCGAUGAUUCUGUUCCAAUGUACUAGUGCAUAUCUGUAUGAGGCUUUUACUUUGUAUGCGGCUAGUGCGACGGGUGCUGUUUACAUUCUUCGUGGACUGACGGGGUUUGGAUUUCCUCUAUUCGGUCCAAGGAUGUAUCAGUCGUUGGGUUAUGGAUGGGGGACUACGAUGCUUGCUCUUGUUGCUGUUGUUAUGGGCUGCCCAGUACCUAUUGUUCUUUGGAGAUAUGGUGAGCGACUUAGAGCUCGGAGUAGUUAUGCUACUGGAUAA